CAGACCUGAUACAGACCUCUGAGACAAAGGGUCUCUUUUAGCGUAUUUUACUAUUUUAGCGAUUUAUUGAGACAACUAAUUAUUAAGUAUUUUGAGUUUUGAGAUCAGAUGAAUUGUGCACCUAGUGUAAUUCGUAUAGUGCUAUUUAUCUUGUGAAACAGACUGGAGCGAUAAAGAUAAACUCUUUCAGGGAUGUUUUUGUGUGUGACUCUCCUGACUGUCCUAUACAACUUUAUGGAAUCUCAAUCAGAGCCACUACAGGUGAUUAGUCCAGAAGCUCCCCUUGUUGCAGCAGCUGGUGAAGAUCUGGUUCUGCCCUGUUUCAUCAAACCCAACACCAGUGCUGUGGACAUGACAGUGGAGUGGUUGAGACUAGAUGAAGAGGCUUCAUUAGUGCAUUAUUAUAAGAAUCACAGAGACAGAAAUGAAGACCAGGCUCAGUCCUACAGAGGAAGAACAUCACUGUUUAAAGAGGAGCUACAGAAAGGCAACGCUUCACUCAAACUCUCAGCUCUCCAAGUCUCUGAUGAAGGAGAAUAUAAGUGUCUCAUUGAGGACAAAUCCUGGUAUGAUGACAUCACUGUUCAUGUUAUUGUUGAGGUUCUGGGAAGCCGCCCAGUGAUCAGGAUGGAGAGUUAUGAUAACUCAGGAGGGAUUAAUCUAGUGUGUGAGUCCAGAGGCUGGAACCCUGAACCUGAGGCUGUUCUGUGGCUGGACAGAGAAGGAGUCACUCUGCCUGCUGAAGAUACACAGAUACACAGAGACACUGAGGGCUUCAGUGUUAAAAGAUGCAUCACUGUUUAUGACUCCAACAGGUUUUACUGUAGACUUCAACAAAAACAUCACAUGAUGGAGACAGAUAUUAUCAUUAAUAGUGAAGUCUUUGGUGUUUGUAAGAGGCCUGUCUACAUUGCAGUUUCAGCAUGUCUUGUUGCUGGAUUGCUAGUAACAUGUGUUUUUGGACUGAUACUAACUGCUUUUGGUUACAAGAAAGAACUUCAAAAACACAAGCAAAAUGCAGCCUCAGAGUUUCAAAUGCAGAAGCAAAGAGCAGAGCUUCUAAUGAAGAAGUUGUUUGCAGUGGAUGUGACUCUGGAUCCUGAUACAGCUCAUCCUCAACUCACUGUGUCUGCUGAUGGAAAAGAAGUGACACAUGGAGACACACAACAGGAUCUCCCUGAUACACCACAGAGAUUUAAUUAUCUCUGUGUUUUGGGAAAGCAGAGUUUCUCCUCAGGGAGAUUUUAUUUUGAGGUGCAGGUCAGAGGGAAAACUGAGUGGACAUUAGGAGUUGUAAGAGAGAACAUUAACAGGAAGGACAGGAUUCCACGGAGUCCUCAGACUGGAUUCUGGACUGUGGGACUAAGGAAUGAGAAUGAAUAUAAGGCUUAUGCUGCUCCUGAUGUCCCCCUCACACUGAGAGAGAAGGUGGAGGUGGUGGGGGUGUUUGUGGAUUAUGAGGAGGGUCUGGUCUCAUUUUAUGAUGUGAAGUCCAGCUCUCAUAUCUAUUCUUUCACUGGUCAGUCUUUCACUGAGAAAUUUUAUCCAUACUUUAGUCCUUGGUAUAGUGAAAAUGGUAAUUCAGCACCACUGAUCAUCUCUGCUGUUACUGAAUAAAUAUCUGAUUUAUAUUUGUUAACAUUUUGAACUGUUUUUUUCUCUAGAAAUUCUACAAAAACACAUGGAUGUUACUGGAUUAUUUAGAGUUUGUGUGCUGUUAAUCUGAUUCCUUUUAGAAACUAUGAAAGAAUGGAAGGAUUUAGAUGCCUCAUGAAGCUGAAUCAGAUGCAUCAGUCUGAUGCAAGCUGACAUCUUGGAAAGUGCUACUUUCUAGCUCUCACUUAAGUUGAAUGUGUUAACUAACAUUUUCCCCAGCACUAAGAAUCACCACUUAUUAUAGGUGAGGUUCUGACACUUUGGCAGGUGUAUAUUUCUUAAUGAGGUGAGUUUUCAGCUUAGGAUACUAUUUAGUGCUGUUUAUUUUCUCCUGAACAUGAUGUUUGUUCUUAGUGAGUGUUCUUUAUAUUUUGUACAUAUUCAGUAAGGUUUGUCUUGUGAUUGGAUGUGGGGAUGUGUAACGUCAUCAGUGGCAAUUCCACCACCUAACCACCGGAAACAUGAUUUGAACUGUGCAUGUGUGGAAAUGUGUCUACUUCCUGUCUGAAGUAUGACGAAAUGAUUUACGGCAGUUUAGAUUAUUUAUACUGUUGUUAUAAUACUAAUUAUAAUAUAAUGAGGAAGGCGACAGGAUGGCGCUGACAAUGCAAGUUGCUCCUCCAAAAUGCAUAACUAUACGGAUUAUCUAGUUUCUUUAAGUGCAUUGGAAUGCUUAAGUAAACUCUAAGUAAAAUUUCACUUAAAAAACCUUAAAAGAGAAAACAAAUUUUCAUUUCAUUUCAAUGUGUGGCAUAAAUGGAAAGCAAAAGAAAGGUCUUCAGAAACUUUUGAACCACUCGUACCCUGCAGUAUCUAACACAACAAGAGGUUCUUCAAAAGAACUUGGCAGAUUGUGUACAUCUCUCCCUGGAACACCAUCAAAUAGCCCAGCAUCAAAGAAAUCUAAAGCUGAUCUCUCAUUACAUGAGCUACAAGAGAACAUCAUCACUGCCCUCAACAAGAGAACUGACUCCCUUGAAGAAAUGAUUAAAAUAAAUUCAAACACCAUUGGAGAGUUGAAAUCAUCCCUCCUAUUUCUCAACACAGAAAUUGUGGAUUUGUAAAAAUCUAAAGUCAAACUAACAGCCAAAAUUACAGAACAAGCAAGAGCUAUAUCUCAGUUGGAAAACAGAAUUGUUGAUGCUGAUCCACCCCCAUGCUUCACUCUGGGCAUGCAACAGUCUGGGUGGUACGCUUCUUUGGGGCUUCUCCACACCGUAACUCUCCCGGAUGUGGAAAAGACAGUGAAGGUGGACUCAUCAGAGAACAAUACAUGUUUCACAUUGUCCACAGCCCAAGAUUUUCGCUGCUGGCACCAUUGAAACCGACGUUUGGCAUUGGCACGAGUGACCAAAGGUUUGGCUAUAGCAGCCCGGCCAUGUACAUUGACCCUGUGGAGCUCCCGAUG